UUGUUCCCUUCAUGGUUAUUGUAUCUCAACAUCUCCUAUUAGUCUACCAGUUUAUCUUAGAAUCUAAUUUAAGCCCGUUAUCUGUUUAAUAAUUUUCAUUGAUAUUGGGGAAUAAUAAGACAAAGGCUGUGUUAUAUCAUGGCUCAGCAAGGUUUUGGUCCUCCUUCAUUACCAGUAGGAACAGAAGUUAGUGCCAAAUACAGAGGUGCCUUUUGUGAAGCCAAAGUAAAAAAUGUUGUUCGGGUUGUUAAAUGCAAGGUGGCUUUAAAAGAUGGACAGUCAAGUGUAUUUGUUAAUGAUGAAGACAUUAAAGGCACAAUUAAACUUGGCUCAGUUGUUGAGGUGAAACAUCCAGAAACAAGUCAGUAUGUUGAAGCAACAAUUAAUAAACUUAUAGACCAUAGCAGUUACACUGUAGUUUUUGAUGAUGGUGAUGAGCGUACAUUACGACGUACACAACUUUGUUUGAAAGGAGAUAAACAUUUCAUUGAAAGUGAGACAUUAGACAACUUACCCUUGUCCCACCCAGAGCACUUUGGAACUCCAGUUUUGCAAAACAAAAAAGCAAAAAGAAGGCAAGACGAUGAAAGUGGUGAAGAAGAAGAAACAUCUGAAGAGGAAUCACCUCGUCGAGCAACAUAUCGUGGUCGACAUCAAGAACUUGUUGGAAAAUUGAUGUUAGUUGAGCUUCCGCAUCGUAAAGGCUCCGUCAUACCAGCAUUAGUUGUACUACCUGAUGCUAAUAGUCUCAAUGAAGUUAAGAACAGAGACCAAAUUCUUGUUCGUUCAUUCAAAGACUCUAAAUUCAUGGUUGUGACUCGCAAAGAAUUAAAAGACUUCUCCAGAGCAGCUGUUAUUAAAAAUGAAGACAAAACAAUGAGAACAGCUAUUGAAAAAGCUCUGCUGUAUUUUGAUACCAAAGAGCUUCCUGUUGGCUGGAACAAAGAUGAAAUGCUUGGCUCAGAUUUGGAGGAGGAGGAGGAGGGGGAAGGAGACAAUGAAUAUGCUUCUGAAGAUGAACCAUUUGAGGAAAAAGAUAGGUUUGUUGCACAGUUAUACAAAUUCAUGGACGAUAGAGGCACACCUAUUAACAAAGGACCUUGUAUUGGCAAUAAAGAUCUGAACCUGUACAAGCUAUUUAAAAUUGUCCAAAACUUGGGUGGAUAUAAUAAAGUAACUAAGGAAAUGAAAUGGGCAGUUGUUUACAGCAAGAUGGGCCUUCCAUCUCUUCACCAAAAUCCUGCUCAUCAGAUUAGAACAGCAUACAAAAAAUAUCUUGAUGCAUAUGAAACAUUCUACCGUAAACUUGGCAGCACCAUGGGAACACUGAGUCGCCCAGGACGUGGUAGACAAAAUUCAAGCCGGAGUAUUUUAAAUUUUCGAGGCAGAGAAAGAAGUCCAAGGUCACCCAAGCCACCAGAGAAGAGUAAAGAAAAAGAGGAGUCAGAAACAUCAAAACGUAAAGUGGAAGCUUCGCCUGAAAAAGUGGAGGAGGAAGUGGAAGCUGUCACCACUGUUAGUACUGCAGAUGAAAGUGAUGUUGUGACUAGACGGACACCACGUAGAGAACCUAAAACUCAGCCAAUCAAAGAAGAAAAGAAGGAAGAUACAACCAAAACAAAGAAAGAAGAUAAAAAGGAAGACAUGAAAACAAAAAAAGAGGACAAAAAAGAAGAAAAGGGUAAAAAAGAGACACCAGUGCAGGCUGGUAAAAAAGAGAUACCAGUGCAGGCUGGUAAAAAAGAGACACCAGUGCAGGCUGGUCAAAACAAAGAAGAGAAAGGAAAGGAGGAUGGGAAAAAGGAAGAAAUAAAAAAAGAGGAUAAAAAAUCAGCAAAGAAACCUAAGAUAGAGGAGGAAAAUGACAAAGAAGAUAAAAAGCCAGACAAAACAGUCAAGAAAGAGGAAGACAAAAAGCCAGACAAAACAGUCAAGAAAGAAGAUGAUAAAAAAGUUGAUCUCAAACUUGAAAUGACACCAACUACAGUUGCAGAAAAAGACUCACCUAAAAAGCGUGUGACCCGGCGUAAGCUAUUAACUAGUGACUCUAAAUCUGACGUUGAAGCCAAAGAAGAAGAGGAUAAGAAGGAGAUAUUGAAGAAAACAGCUGGGAAAGAAAAGAAAGAAAUACCCAAGACUUUAGAACGAAGAGAGAAGUCUGCAGAAAAAAAAGAAACAAUGGUUAAGAAAGAACUGAAAUCUGCUGAUAAGAAACCAAAAAUGUCGGAAGAGAAAAAGAUUAAAAAAGAGAAAAAAAUCAAAGAUGACAAUGGUGAUGGACCUCCAGAUUUAAAUCCAAGUAUUCCAAGCUCUGGACAAAGUGAGGAUGAAGCAGACGCAGAGAAAGUGGUUACUGACCCUAAACUUGACUUUCCCAUCGGAUCUAAAUUGAGAGUAAAGUAUGGAAGGGGAAAGAAUCAGAAAAUUUAUAUAGCCAAGGUUGUAGACUUUGGCAAAGAUGGGGUACACAAAACAUAUCUAGUGCAUUAUGCAGGUUGGAAUACAAGAUAUGAUGAAUGGAUUCGUCCAGAUCGAGUAGUUUCUGUAUUAGAUAAACCUUCAGAUGGAGGAGAGAGUAAAAGCAAAAGUUCCCUUUUAAAACAAGCUAGAUUGACAGGUGGUCCCAAGAUGUCCUCCAGUUGUAAAAGUGCCAGUCAAGUAUUUCGUGCACCUAAAAUUGCUGGUGCCCAAACCAGAGCAACACGUUCAUCCAGUUCAGAUACAUGUGUGGUCAGCAAACAUUCUGAUAAAAUGGUCACAAGACGUGGCUCUGUUCUUGCAGACUCUACUGGCUCUGUUCUUGCAGACUCUACUGGCUCUAUAUCACCAGAGAGCCAGCUAAGUAGUGAUACAGAAGAAAACACAGGAUCUGAACCAGAGGAUGGAGACACAAAGUCUGAGAAAGAAGAAGAUGAGGAUGAUGAAAUCCUGAACGUUGAUGAAGAGUUUGAUGAAGACAGAGAGAAAUUUUCUGAUCCUGACACAAGCCUUGAUGAAACCUCACCUCACACUGAUGCCUCGCCAGACAUGACUGCCUCACCACACAUCUCUGCUUCACCACACACUACUGCCUCAGAGAGAGUUGAAGAUGCACAGUGUGAGCCAGAGUUGAAAGAGUCUUUAGAGGAAGAGUCAGUGGAAGAAAUGUCAACAGAAUCUCUGAUUGCUGUUCCUGAAGUAAAGAAUGAAAGCCCAGACAAGGGAGACAAUGAUAAGAAAUCUCAGGAAACAGCCAAGAAAGUCCCAUCUGAGAGCAAGCAUGAAAGACCAUCUGUUCAUGUCUCUGAAAUCACUCAGGCUGUGGAUGAGAUCAGGUCGGCAGUUUAUGAAGAAAACUUGGAUCAAACUCAUCAGCCUGAAGACAAUACUGAAACAAAAGUAGUGGACACUGAGCCACUAGAGGCACAGGAAGUCCUACCUGUCCUGAAAGAAGAAAAGACAGAGUGUUUUGAUGAAAAGACCCUCAAAGAAGAUUUAUCUGUGUCUGAUCAAGUUAAGCCUAAUUCACAUGAGGAGCUGGUCAGCCCAAAAUUAGACAUUUCAGAGGAAGCAGAGAGUAAAGAAAGUGAUAAACCAAAACGAGGCAGAAAGAAAGAGACUUUAUCUAAAGACUUGAAGAAAUCUUUCAAAAGUGACAUUUCUAGUCCAAGUGUACAGUCUGAUGUUACCCUGCCUACAGAGCAACCAGUUCCUGUAGUAGACACUGUUACAUCUAAAGUAGAGCCUUCACCCUAUGACUUUGAUGGGGAUGCUGAUGUGCCUCCAUGGCAACCUGAAAUCACCAAGAAAUGGGAACCCAGUAGCAAAGUUCAGAUUAAAGAUAUUCCCUCAGAUGAUGGAGUGGACAAAGACAAGAAGAAAGUCAAAAAGAAAGUCAAAAGAAAAAUUGUUCCUGAAGCAGAGAGCAACAUUAAGUCUGUGGAGGAAGGCUUGAGUAGCAGCUCUCUCAAGGAAGACAGUCAGACAUCUGGUGCUGACAACUCUACUGAGAAGCCAAUAGUCAAAAAGAAAGGAAGAAAGAAAAAAGAAUCAGUGCCUGAAGUGAAGAAAGACAUUGUGGAUCAGUAUGAGAGCACCGUGAAUAGUGUUGUGGAGGCUGUCAAACAUUCGCUGCUAGAGACUGAAUCUGAUCCCGAACCUAGUGUUAAAAGACGUAGAGUGAAACGUGCGUCUGAAAGUGAUAAAAAGGACAAUGUGGUGCGUGUGAAUAGAAUGGGCCGUAAAGUAUCCAGUCGAGAUAGUUUAGAAACAUCUUUCAGUUUAGAGAGCCAAGAAAGCAAAUCUUUAACUCAUUGUAAUAGUGAAACCUUAAAAACAUUACAAUUGACCGAGACUGCUGGGCCAUCUUCUUCAUUAUCAUUACCUGGGACAGACACAGACAAUUUUAAAAAUAAAAGAAAAGACACUAAUUUUCCUGAAAGCCAGGGGUUUGAACCCCAGUCUGAACAAGAAGCAAGUGCCCACUUUGAGAACACUCCACCCACUACACCAGAACAUGAUGAAGAAAGCUGUGGCCAAGCCAAUGCUUACAGUUCCCGUGAGCUGGCUGCCAAGGUGGAUGUCUCCUCUUCCUCCCCUCCCACUUGCAUACUACUUCCCACCUCCAGUGAAUCUCCUUCAGACAAUGAUGUGACUAGUACUGCCUCUACUGACACCCUUCCACUGCCACCUCCACAGUCAGAGGGCAGUGGAACAGAUCAAGAGAUGUCUGUGAAGAGAAGAAAAGUUGCAGAGGAGACACUGUGCCAUUCAAAGAAGAAAAAAAGAAUUCAUGGGACACGGAGUAGGACAGCUCAGAAGUCUCCGAAAUAUGUAGGUAACUCUGAUUCUCAAGGCUCAGCUUCCAACACACCAAUUCAUUGCCCAGAAUCUCCCUCCAACAAGUUCCCAGACAUCACAAAGUCUCCAAGACCUUCCAAAUUUAACUUCAGUGCUGAUUUAGGAGAAUAUUUGGAAGGGGAGGCAAGAUGUAAUUUCCUUAUCAGUAAGAUGAGAGAAAUCAAAGCUAUCUACAUGAAUCUGAAGUCAGAAGUAGCAAGUAUUGACAGGAGGAGGAAACGAGCCAAAAGAAAAGAAAGAGAAUGCUCCCAGAUGUCUGCAAGUGAGAAAGAAACAUCUACAUAGUAUCUAGUUUAGUGUACAGUCAACUCCUGAGCUUUCACUCACUCAUCAUCACCAUGGAAACAUAUCAAUUCUGUUUCAUUCUAAACAUGUGCAAUGAUGAAAGUGUGUCCCAGCACUGUGAUCACACAGAAGCACAACCUACUUAUGUGACAGGAACAUACUGGAUGGAUGACUUCUUUGCUUGUUGGAUUACUGUGUGCUCAGACACUGAGUGCUGUGUAUGAAAUUGUACAAAUGUCAUUUUAAACUAAAACUGUGGGUUUUUUUGCCAGAACACAUUGUGUUACUUAUGAAGUGAUUUAUUAUGGAUAGAAUUGUAUGUACAGAUAGCUAUUUAUGUACUCAAGUGUGUACAAAGUUUAUGCCUUGUAAUUCAUGUCAGCUGUAGUCUAAUCAAAGCAAUGUGUACAUGAUAUAUGUGUAUGUAGUCCCCUCUUCAUGUGGAGCUGGUCUAUUAGUCUCACUGGUCUAGAUGUAGUUGGACAUGGACUAGUUCAUGGACUUCAAAGUACUUCCUGAUUGUUGUUUUAAUUCUUGAAACAAAUGUGUAUUUAUAAUGUUUGUAACUGAACAGCUGCACAUCACUUUCUCUAAGAACAGCUGGGAGAGUUUCUAGGGUUCUGGUUUGCUCAACAAAAAUAAGCGCCAUCUGUAGAUCUAAAUAUAGCAACUGAGACAAGCACAAAGUGUUGAUAAUGUUAACAUUUCCUAGUUUUUUCUUGAGUUUAUGUACUAACAAGGGCCAUUACUCUGCUGUAUAGGCUGCAUUGAAUGUAGUCUAGCUACUAGUGGACAAUAGAGCUGCUCCCAGCACUUGUAACACUGGUUCAGCUUGCUGAGAUGUGAAGUUGGCAAUUCCUUAUUAGCAGUACAAGUAGUAGUACUAUUGUUUCAACUGACCUAUACUGAAUAAGACUAGUCAGUUUAGAAAGACACUCUAGAUCUAUUCAAGAUUAGUCUGAACAACAUAUAUCCUUGGCUGUAAACUCCAACAGCUGGGCAGUGGGCUGGCCGCACAAACUCCUGAGUGGCUGUGACCACAGAAAAGCAAAAGUGAUAUUGUCAAUGAAACCUUGAUGAGCAGUGUUUAUUUAUUUCUAAAUCUUGUCAUGUUUUCUAAUUCCAAUGUAUGGUCAGAGAGAAAGUGAAUCUGAAGCCAGUGUCAAUGCUCUACAUGGUUUGUUCCAAGUGUGAUAGAAACAAUGAAAACUUUGGUCUUAUAUAGCCAUUGGGUUCUGUGUUGUUUAUUUUUUGUUUCUUGUUUUGACAGUGAGUUGAAUGUUGGAGUGUCACCAGAGAAUGCCAACCAUGUCUCCAAAAUUGCAUUCUUCAUCAAGAGACCCAAAACAAGACACCGGCCACAAAACCCAAACAUGAAAUUUUUUUAAUGAUACCGCUAUAAGUUUGUGUAAGAGUUUUUACUAUUAUCAUCAAGUUAUAACUAGACAAAACUACACUACUUAAAUAUUGUUAUUAAAUUAAAUAGAAACUAUUUUUCAUUCAAUCAGCAGGAUAAACAUUUUAAUGAUUUUCUAAGGUACAACCACUAAGUGACAACCACUAAGGAUUACAUAAUUUGUAUAGAAGAUAUAUAGAAUCACGUGGCUAAAUGUUGUUUGUUUACGAUUGGUGAAUGAGGUCCAUUGUCAAAAUUGAAGUCACAACAUGCUGAAUUCUUUAUCGUAGACCCCCAAUUCCCUUGGAAGUCUUUGUAGACCCCUGGGGGGUCUAUAUAUACCACUUUGGGAAUCACUGCUUUAACACAAUAGAACUGCCUACUAAACACUACAAGUCUUUCUCAGUCUACUUCUAGACUCGUACAGCUAUAUGGACUCACUUUGUAGCACACUGUCCUUACUGCCUUGCGUCCUGGACUCAACUGUCUCUCGUCUGUAAAGGCUUUUUGGUCACAUUACCAUAACAUUGGUCAUAUUGUGUGCAUAAGUAGUAAUGCCCCUUGUUCAACAGUCCUUGACCUGUGUGAUUGGCCUGAAUCGUGUGUCAGUAGGCCGCACACACAUUAACCCUUUCAGUCCGCCACUAGGGUUAUAACAAAAUAUUCAGAAAACAUGUUAGGAAGACUUGGCUUUGGUUUAUGGUGUCACUAGGGACUUACAAUAAUAACUAGCCGGAUAUUACCUGCCGGCCUUAGUUUGUAUAUUUCUAAUCUAGUCAUUGGAUUUAGAUCUAUGACAAACUUAGCUAAUGUUUUUUCCAAGUGUUUCUCUUUCGUCACGAAACUAAAAGUAGUUUUGCGAAAAUGGUUUACCCGUUGAGACGAUACAUUCAUAUCAAAUAUAAAAUACUAUGGAACCGGGUUUACCCGAUUUUUUAAAAGUUUCUUUAACAGAGAUGAAUUAAGCUAUUAAAAUGAAAGAAGCGCGCUAUUAAUGGGCAAUAAAGUACGUCAGGAUUACUCAGGGUGUCUAAAUUCGUAGAUAAAAAAAACGAAUUUAUGUAAAAAAAAAAAACUAUCUUUGCAAAGUGAAGUUCUUAACGUUAGAUCUAGAUCCUGUCGGUCCGGUCUUGUUUCAUGUAAACAUGAUCUCUAUCUUCAGUUUCUUCCAUGACUAUUAGAUCUCUAUCUUCAAUUUCUUUCAAGACUAUUAGAUCUCUAUCUCAUCUCAAGUUAAAUGUGUGUAUAUUGUAAUAAAAGCUAUUUCAAGUUCUAAAAUAUAAUAUGCCUACUAGCAAUUUGGAGCUACAUGGACCAACAGACAUCUGCGAUGGGUGGGGCGCCAUUUUCGGACGGUGCAUUCCCGAAGACGUUCAGCUCAGACUUCAAUUCGCCCUCUGAUACAAUACAGGGAGGCAACUGGCUUCCGAAAGAGAACUGGGGAGUACUAACGAAUCUGUGGGGCCUACUUUUGAGACACAAAGAAACUCACACAGGACAAGUGUACACAGCGGAAAGUGAAUUUACAGAUUUGCUUUAUUACAGCCUAAAGAGUGGCAUAAGAGUAAAAGCCAUCAGUCCUGUGAAUUCACCAACUUGGACUACAAUGUUGAUGACUUGGUCCACUAAAAUAGAAACUAUUGCAGCUUUUUCCUUUUUGGAAGACGCCAGCUUUGGGGACUACAACCGCUUAACUUUAUACACUCUAUUUGUAGUGGUUGGUUGUUGGACUGACGGUAGGCCUACGCUAAACCGAAAGGAAUUAUCAUGGUUUCGUUUUUAUUUUACUUUUUAUCAAUGUCAUACCAAUACCAUCUAUCUUUAUCACAGACCUAUAUAUAAUGUGGUCUAAAUGUAAUGUUUGCAUUUCUAUGUACAGUGAAGAGGCUAUUCCCGAGACCUAGAUCUAGUGUAUCCUUUAACAGUUUUAUCUGGUCUACUGGAGUGUCAUUGGAAAGAGUCCGUUUAUUUUUAGCUCACUGUUCCCAGCCUGCUCAGCUGGGGGAUUUCUCUUGCGCUUUCUCUACGUCACGAUACUUCGACCAAUCAGGCUCUGGAUAAAACAGGAUAAAAACAUGUUUACUUGCGUAACUGGUUAAAGACUAAAACAUUUUGUGUUGAAGAUUCUCAGUGAAAACAGUUGCUAUUGAAACAGUAUUUUAAACAUCACCAUGGCGUUCACUCAAAUAAGUAAAGUUGUGUUCGUUGUCCUCUGCAUUGAAACCUCAUCCUCUUUACUUGGGCCAGACAGUGUCCAUUCGACCUCUUUACUUGGGCCAGACAGUGACCAUUUGACCUCUUUACUUGGGCCAGACAGUGACCAUUCGACAUUUGCUUCUGUUUCACCAAGGGCGGACAACCCUAACGACACGUUAGACGAGCAGAUGAUAGCUGCUUUCUUGCAUAGACUGCAGUUACUAAAUAGCACUUCGGAAUUAUCCGUAGAUUUAAAAGACAGUCGAGAGAUUACCACAGCUCAAAGUCAUCCCGACACAACGUCCACUAGUCACAACGGCUCACUUGAAGAUGCUGAAGUAUCUAAGUUUAUUGCCAAGUUGAACAUGCUUAUUGCCAGCUCAUCUAUCCCAAAAAGCAAGAAAACUCUCAGUGAUGUGUUAACUGAAGUGCCAGCAUCUACAAUGCCAGUAUCAAAACAUUUGACUUCAGCGAAACAAACGAAAGAUAACUCUGAAAAUGUAGCCGAGUUGGUAGCUUUUCAAGAUAAACUGAGGAAGUUAAACAAUGAAUACUCCCAAGACACAACAAGUGACGAGAAGGCGACUAGUCGUUUGCCCACCCCCCAGGAGACAUCGUCAACAGAAAAGCCAAACGUCACUCUACCAAAAGUAACCGGUAAACCAGGUGAUACCCCAAUCAUUGCGAAACUCUUAAGUAACUUUGACGAUCAACUGACCAUAAUACUAUCGGUUAGUGUUGCUGUUGUAGUAUUGACCAUUCUGACCAUCUCCACGUGUAUCCUUUAUAGACACCACAGAAACAAAAAGUUCAAACGAAUGAUGUUAAACAAAGAGUUCAAGCGUUGGGACCCUCAACUGCUUCGGCCUAGUCAGAAAAAUAUUGAUGCUUUCAUUUGGGGAAUUCCCAUUCCAACUGUCGCUGAUAUGGUUCAACCAUAAAGUCACGUGGUAACUCUUCUCGGAAAGGGCAGACACUAGUGAUGUUAAGUCUUCUACUCCAAAGAGAAUCAAGUAGGCAACAAGAAAUGAUAAUGGGAGUGGGUGCUGGAUUGCUAAGUUGAAGAAAAGAGACUCAAAAAUUUAACUAAGAAAUAGUCAUGAUUUGAUAUGGUUGUGAGUUCAGUAAUUCAUUUCAGUGGAACCUAAUACCAGUAGAUCUACAUGUCAUUAUUAUCAUCAUAUCCCCCCCCCCCCUUUCCCAAGCUUACUGUGAUAUUGAACCAAAUGUUUUGUUAUUCAGGGAUACAUUCAUUUGUGAACAUGUGUCAGAUUAACAUUAAGUAGUUACUAUUUUAUGUAUACCAUUCAUUAGAUCUACAUAACUGCACAUCACUAUUUUUGUGAAAGUUAUUACGUAUUUCUCCUAGUGUGUGCUUUAUCAAAGUUGACUCUCAUUCUCAAAGCCGAGUGUCGAAGCUCAUUGGAGUAGCUCUUUUCUUGUCAAAGUUCACAUGAAGCUGUUCUCUAAAACUCAUAUUUCAGAUGCCAACAUUUCUUCAAUUCUCUUCCAGUUUUGUGUACUCAAAAUCAACUUUCAGUUUCAUAUAUACUAUCAUAUAUUUUAUAUUAUUGGCCAAUAAAACAAUGGAUAUCUAUAGAUUAAUAUCCAAUGAUUUUACACGCUAACUUAAAAUUGUCUACUCAAGUCAACAAUUAGUCCUCCAUUUUGUAAGAGGUGAAGUUGUCUACACUCAAGUCAACAAUUUGUCUUCCAUUUUGUAAGUUGUCUACACUCAAGUCAACAAUUUGUCUUCCAUUUUGUAAGUUGUCUACACUCAAGUCAACAAUUUGUCUUCCAUUUAUAGGCCCACUGAGUCCAAGGAAAUGUCGAGACUAAAGAAAAUAAAAUUGUUGUAUUUGAAACUUUAUCCUGCACGUGUUCAACAAAUGUAUUUGCCAGUUUUUGAGCUUUUGUAAAAUGUCUUUCGUUGUAUUGGUAGCUGUCUUCAAAGAAUGUCUUUCACAUAGACAUACAUAAAUAUAGACUGGCCGAUUAAAGAGUUUUAUGAAACGAACAUUUGUGACUUACAAUUUUGUGUACUUUAUUAUACAGCAUGUAUGAGCAGUAUAAAAGUAUUCAUAUCUAUUUCAGCCAUAAGCUAUAUAAGUUUUACAAUAUUUUCACUAGUGUUUUGUUUAAUCUCUAAGAAUGAAGAUCAUUGCAAUUUUUCAUAAUUCGGAAAUCCGAAUACAAUAGAUAUACAUGUUUUCAAGUUACAUGAAGUUACUUCCUUCGGCCAGUCUAUAUUUAUUUAUGUCUAUGGUCUUUCAUUUACAACCAUGUUUUUUUGUUUUGUUUUAGAAAGUAUGUGAAGUGUCUAUAAUUGCAAUAAACUUUGUACAUUGGU